CUCGCUUUCACAGUGGUCUUUCUUUGUGCGCCAUUUUCUAACAAUUUUGUAAGGCCGUGUGUGCGACGGAUCCCUUUACUUUUUGAUCACACAACCAUUGGUGCAAAAUGUCUGAAGAGCAGCAGCAGCAGCAGUCAAAGAAGGACGAUGUGAAGAAUGAAACAGAACACAUCAACUUGAAAGUCACUGGGCAGGAUGGCAGUGUGGUUCAUUUCAAAAUCAAGAGGAACACUCCCCUUCGAAAAUUAAUGUCUGCAUACUGUGAUAGAGCUGGAUUAAAGCUCGGAGUUGUCCGAUUCAGAUUUGAUGGAAACCCAAUAAAUGAAACAGACACACCUCAUGGACUCGACAUGGAGGAUGGAGAUUCAAUAGAUGUGUUUCAACAGCAAACAGGGGGAUCACACCAGAUAUGAUCAAAUUACGAGAAAAAGUGUGGCAAUCCAAAGACUGGUCUGAAUAUCAUUUCCCAGAAACAGUGUUAAUAGGUCUUGUGUAUUUCUCAUUUGAGGUUUUAGAAUUUUAACAACUUUCCGUUUAACUGUAUUUGAGAUAGGAGAACUUUUCAUCUUGAAUGUACAGGAAUGCAUCGACACUGGGCGUUCCUAAAAUGUCUUCACUUAGUAGCAACAGUGUAAAUUUCUAAAUGGUCAAAUAUGAAUUUUUACUUAUGUUCUUAUGAAAAACUUAUUUUUCAUUUAGAUUUGCGUUAUCAUUUUCUCUCAUUUCUCAUUGUAAAUAUCUUGUGCUAAUAUCAUGUCUGUUGUAAACUGAUCGUCUGAAGUUGUGUUCAUAUGCUGACCUGUGUUCCAUUCCAAUCUAAAAUAACUCACAAAUUUGGUACUGAAAAUCUCCAGUUGGUUCCAUUAACUUUAUAAUUGUACAAUGAUAAAUCCAUCAAACUUGCUGGCAAGUGAAUUUUGGUCUGAUUCACUUUUGCAUAUUUUAUUUUUAAGUGGAAUGUUACAGCAUAUGAACAUAGCCCAUCAUUAUUGGAAUCGUAUGGUCAUAAGUAAAGAUGUUCCAUUCAUGUAUAAAAUAAAAUGUUGAAAAUA